UGCACUUUUUGCCAAUUGGGAAAUUUUGUGUUGUCAGAUAUCUAACACACCAACAGUAAACAAAUCCAGAACCAACACCCACCUCACAACUCACAACACAUCCAAACAUAACAACUCCAGAAAGUUCUGAUCUUUAUCAUAUCCUGCAACUAAAUCCACCUGCAGCCCAUCUGGGGUUCAACAAACCAGUUUCGUUGAACAAGUCGAACAUUGAGCGAGAAAAUGGGAUACAAUUGUGAUCAUUGUGGGGAAGCAAGAUCAAUGGUGUAUUGUAGAUCAGAUGCAGCGUACUUAUGUUUAUCGUGUGAUCGCAUUGUUCAUUCGGCAAACGCGUUAUCGCAACGCCAUUCGAGGACACUUGUAUGUGAUAGAUGCAAUUCACAACCCGCAUUGGUUAGAUGUAUCGAAGAAAAAGUCUCGCUUUGUCAAAACUGUGAUUGGGUCGGUCAUAACGGGUCAACAAAGCACAGUAAACAGACGUUGAAUUGCUAUUCGGGCUGCCCGUCCGCUGUAGAACUUUCUUCCAUGUGGUCAUUUAUUUCGGACGGGUCGACUUGUGAGCAAGAAAUGGGCUCAUUGAGCAUUGCUGAUAAUAAUAAUAAUAAUAAUAACAAUCAAGAUUUUCCUGCAAGCGGAAAUAAUUCAAAUGUUUGGACGGGUCCCGUGGGUAUUCAUGUCGAUAGUAAGCCACAAGUUAUAGUUCAACAAGUUGGACACGUAUGUUCUUCCGCAUCGAAGAUAUCGCAUUCGGGGACAAAAGACCCCGAGCCGGUUCUUGACGAUGACGGAUUCUAUGCUGACUUUAGUAUGGAUGAAGUUGACUUGAGCAUCGAGAAUUAUGAAGAGCUCUUUGGUGUAGGCCAUAAUGAUCCUGAACAUCUUUUUGCAAAAGACGGGAUUGAUAGUUUGUUUGGUGGCGCUGAAUCGUCGUAUGCUGGAAAGGAAUCUUCGACAGGACACGCAAAUCAAGCGCAACCCGCAUGCAGUAAUGCGGCAUCAGCCGACUCGUUAAUGAGCUGUAAAACAGAACCGCCGCCUUGUUAUGCAAGGCAACACUCGAAUAUCUCGUUCUCAAGUCUCACUGGGGAAAGCAGUGCUAAUGAAUAUCAAGAGGCUUCUUCUAUGCUUUUCUUGGGCGAGCCACCAUGGUACAACUCGGGCCCCGGCCCUGGCCUGGCCCGUGAUCAAGCCACCACCCCUUCGGGUAGCAGAAGUGAUGCAGUCCUACGUUACAAGGAAAAAAAGAAAAUGCGAAAAUUUGACAAGAGAGUAAGAUAUGCUACACGAAAGGAACGGGCGGAUGUAAGAAAGCGUGUGAAAGGACGGUUUGUGAAGGCGGGCGAUGCUUAUGAUUAUGACCCGUUGAGUCAAACCCGAAGCGUUUAGGUUCUAAAAGUGUUAGCACCCCAAAAUGUAGCAGCUGGAUCAUAAAUUUGGAGAGAGGUUAUAAUGUUGAAUAAGACAAACUAAUUGUUGCAAAAAGUUGUAUAAAUGAGGAAAUGGAUGAUCAGACAGACCCAAUAUGCAGUUUUGGUUUGCAACUUGUAGCGAUAAGGGAAGCCGCGUUCGACUUUGAAAUUUGUUACGGCACGUCUUCACUUCGAUCGUCGACGGACAAAUGGUAUAGAUAGAUGAUUAGGUUCUGUAAAUUUGUUGGUAUGUAUGUCCAUUUAACACUUAAUUGAAUUCCGAAUUCCAGCAUUUUUCAUAACUGAACCGGUCAUUAAAUUAAACCAGCCACCUUAGCGGUCCA